AUGUGUGACCUAUGCGCGCCCGAUUUACCUGAAGCAAAGUCUUUCGAAGAACUUGAGUUAAUUGUGAAACUGCAUCUCGAGCCACAACGAUCGGAAAUUGCAGAACGACAUGUUUUCAGGCAACGAAAGCAAGUUUCGGGGGAGACCGUAAACGAGUAUUUGCAAUGUUUGAAACACUUAGCCAAGACUUGCAAUUUUGGAACGACAUUGGAAGUUAAUUUGAGAGAUCAAUUUGUGUCCGGUCUCCUUCACGAGGAUAUGAGAUCUAGACUUUUUGCUGAACGUGAUUUGGAUUAUAAACGGGCGGUGGAACUAGCCCUGGCGUUAGAAGCGGCUGAUAGGCAUGCGGCAACGUCAGCGGUCAGCGGCAGCAUUGCCACUGUUCCAUCCGAUGGCAUCCAUCGCGUGGCAGCGGUGGCAGGGAAGCGCGAGCUACAUCGUGCGGCCGAUGCGCGUGUUUCAUCUACACCGGCAGCGUUCCCCGGGGCGGCAGCGGUGCGACGUAGCCCAUGUCCGCGGUGUGGCAGAGUUGGUCAUGCGGCAGCCAGGUGCCGUUUCAAGGCGUAUCAUUGUGAUAAGUGCGGUGAGAAAGGACAUUUAAAAGUUAUGUGCCGUAAGUUCGAAGGUGAUCGCGAAUCAGAACAAUUAAGAACAACUAAAGGAGGGGUAAUGCGAGUUAAGCGGCCAUUUGAGGCGCUCUGCUCGUCCCCGCCGGCGCUGGCG